CCCCUUCGCGCCUGUUGCAUUCAUACUACAAGCCUUUCUUCACAGGUCGACAGCUCUCUGCUCACAUUCCCAGUUCCUCGCUAAUCCGUGGUUCACCACAGCAAGCGACCCCAUCUUUUUCCGCAACCAUAAUGCACACUAGUUCCACCUGUAUAAAUCGACAAAUACAUCAGCCAGACCACAGCCUUCAAUAUGCCGAUGAUGCUCAGUCCCGACACGUUGCUGUUCUCAACUAGCAGGAAACGGCCGUUUACUCACUCACCAUAUGGUCACCAGACUAGGAUCGCCACUCAAUGUCAUCAUGAAAUCCACCCCUCCAACCCACCACAUACCCCCAGGUGUCCCAAGUGCACUAUUUCCCUAGCCAGAGGAAAGUCCGACGUCGCACUGAAGGAGCUGGCAGCCGAGGGUGGAUUGAGGCCUCUAGAGCACAUGCGCAACCGGCGGUGGAACUUAGCAAGAAUAGGGUAUCUGAUAGCGAAACAGCGGCUUGAGAGGACCCGCCUGACCGAUCAGUUACGCUGGGAACGUGAGCGGGCGUGGGACGAGGCUCAUCAACGGUUCGACACCCACAAUGUCCAGGCAGCAGUCCUGUCCCCAAAUCCUUCUUCGUGCCCAGCUUGUGACUCUUUGGUGGCGUCCUACCCGACAACAAUGCCUGAGGCUCAAAUCGCCCAAUAUGUGGCUUGGUGGGAGAAAUCAGGCGCUCUUGCCAACUCGCACGCACUUGUGCAUGUGCAUAGGCAUCGGACACCAUUACGCUCGGGCAACCAGAACCCUAUCCAUAUGCAAGCCGAAAGAGAAAACUCGAAAUUGCGCCAGAUAAUUCAGACCGUGCGCAGGUCCGUACAAGAAAACAAACAGCUCCAGCUAGCCUGGGAAAUCCGGCAAAAGAACGAGGCAGCAAUACGUCGCAAGCACGGUUUGGGCGAUUGCUACAUAGCCGCCGAUUUCUGGAAAGAGCCAAUAUCCGGCUGUUUUAGUCGACGUGCCCAUCAAAACCAAAAAGACCAGAUCCGUAUGGCAGAGCGACGCGCACGCGGUGGCACCGCGCGACCCAGACUACCACGCAGCUCACUGUCCUACUCAGAGACAACGGAAGACUUGAAUGUCGAACCAGGCUUUGAGGAAACACUGAAACAGAAAGAAGACAGAGAGGAAUGGGAGCGUUUGGUCAAGAAGGCUGCAGGAGAAAUUGGGUACCUUUACUUUGUUGGUGGUGGUUUUGGUGUCGAUCGCUUGGCGAUGUGGCGAGAGGAUUUUGACAAAAGUAAUCCGUAUCUCGUGGAGAGAAACCAACCUCCCCAUUCACAAACAGUACGCGGUGAAGACGUUCAGGAAUACAGAGAGGCCAAUGAGGAGGACUGGGACGAUGAAAUGGACGUGGAUGAGAUGGAUGUUGAUGACGCCUAGGAGGAGGAUGAUACAUUGUGUCCUUCAUAUACCGCUUAAAUUAGUAACUGUAUAGUUGUAUAAGAUACAAAGCGCCUCGAUCAUGAAAUAUCGGUGUUGGGAGAGUCUCCUUAGUACGCGGUAGGAUGCCGUGCGAGUGGGAAUCGGGUGACCUGACAUGGCUUAUGGGGCAAUCGUGGUCAAGGCUUUAGUCGGCUCACUCCAGCGAGCCUGGACUACGCCUCAAUGCGUGGGUGACACCAAGACAGGAGAUGAACGGAUGGCGCACAAAGCGUUGAGCAUGCCAAUGCGGCUGGAAAAGCUUGUCCAGCGCUAGCCUAUCCGAGCUUACAACCUGUCGAUCAAGCAUGGGUGCGAGAUCAAUGGGUGGCAUAUGGAAUCUAACGUACAAGUAUAC